AUGAUAAACCUUCGUAAAUAUCAAUCUAUUAUAGUAGGUUCAAUAUUUGGUGUAGGAAUCGGUCUUUACGCAUGGCUUCCAAUGAUGGAGCAAUAUAAACGUGAAGGAAUUUUCGAACAACUUAUGUUGCAAAAAUCUGACAAAACCAACAAUAACACAAAGAAAGAUACACCCAUGAAAGAUGUAGAUGCCGAUAACCCUAAAUUAAUGAUGGUCCAAUCUUCGAAAGGAUCGGGGCUGGAUAGUAACGAAUUAAGGUCCGAGUGA